GACGCCAUCUUACAAUUCCGCCCCGCCUUCACCCACUCACUUCCUGUCCAGAUUCUGGUCACAUCCAUUAUCUGCACCCUACUCUUCGUUCUCUUCCUGCACCUCCUGCUCACCGCCCGAUACCAUUAUCUCCUCGCACCCGUCAACUUCGCCCUCCAGUUGGUGGCCGUGACCUGCCUGCUCAUAUCCCACCUCGCCAGUCUUGCCGUCGUGCUCCGCGAGGCACUCCUUCAAAGCCAUGAAUGGCCGUACAUGCUGGCUUACAUCGCCGUGACGGUGCCCCCUUCAAGUGAAAGCGCGAAUGCUUGGAGUACAGCCAUGCUCGCGGCGUGGUGCACUUUGAAAUUGGUGAUGUCGGCUCUGAUCCAGAUUACGCACAUUCAACUCUUGACAUUGCUGUUUCCCACUAAAUUCGAAACCCGCCUGAUCUUCUACUUGCUCGGCCCUCUUGCGCUUUUGUCCGCUCUAACUCAACUACAGCCCCUCCUCCCCAACUCCUGGGCGCACAUCAUCAUCGCAACGCACACCACAUGUAACGCGACACUCUCCCUCAUCUACACUUCUGCACUCCUUGCGUGGGGCACGAUCGUCGCACCACGUCGGGCUUGGCGCUCAGAUGGCGGGACCUCAGCGUUCGGUGCCGGAGCUCUCGUUCUCGCCUUGGUUAGCACCGCGCUCUCGUUUGUAUGCAUCCCCGCCGCGGGAAAAAGCUCGACGGUCACGAGCCCUCAGUGCGUGUGGAUUCCUGGCCUUGUGCUGUCCGUUAUCCUGUGGCAGAGCUACCUGGGGUGGUGGUGGUGGGUAGGGGCGAUCUCUGGAGGGUUGGAAGAGGUGGAGAAGUGGAAAAAGCGGGCGAAAGCGGAAAAAGGGCAAAAGAAGAGCCCGAGGGUCGUGGGGAUGGGAACGGGCAGGAGAGGCACCUCAGCUGCACCAACACCAACGGGGGAGGCACUAGCAGAUCCACCCGAUGGCAUCUCCGUACACCAGUCAGACCCGAACCUUCAGCAUGGAACGGUAUCGAGAUGGUGGGUAUCGUUACAUCGCAGACGUAGAGCUGAAGACUGA